CAACAUUUUGUUUUCCUAAUUCUCCGCAUCAGCAAGAGGAAACCAUUUGCAGAAAGUUAUCCCAAACGCUCCACUCUAUUGUUUGCAUUGCUUUUCUUUCUGUAUCACAAUAAAGCACACCCGUCUAGCGCCCGCUGGUCGCGCAGUGCCUGGCGGACGAGACGUCUCUUGUUUCCAUUCGUUUGCUUAUCAGCUGUGUUUGGUUGACUUGUGUUGGUUGUGUUGUUGUCUGCGCCUCGAAAAAUCGCGUCGCAGUUCGUCCAUUCGUCAUUCUCCGUCAUCGGGUUGUGCACUGAGGCAAUCGGAGGGGUAUCUAUUUUUUAUUCUCUGUUGUGAGUUGCCGCUUUGAAUGUAGUAUGUGCGUAGUGCUCCAACACAAUUAACCCGCGGAAGGUUUGAGAAUCGUCCCGCGACAUAGCAUGGUCAGUCUGCUUCGAAACUUUACAUCAAGCUCGGGCGGACGAUUCUUUGAUGAUUCAUCAAGAAUGGACGACAGUAGACAACAAAUGCACGAGCCGAUCCUGGCGGCAGAGGAAAACGAUGAGUUUCGACCGCUUCGCACAGUGCAACCGUUCAGCUUUCAUCUACUGGUGUCAAGUAUCAUAUCUUUAACUGGCAUUGUGCUUGCGGCCACCUGGGAGGAUAGUCGACGAUGCGAGGCGUACUUUAUAAUGCUCUAUCUCCGUGCAGCAUUUUGGAUAGUUUCCUACCUGGUUGACAAUUGGGUAAAGCAGCACCACGAAAAGUUGCGCCUCGCCGGAUAUCACGACUUCCACCGUGCCACCGAACAACAUCGGACCGUACCGUUGCAGAUCGUGUCGUUGUGGAAUACCUUCCUGCUGGCAAUUCAAACCCUCAUCCAGCACUACUACGGCGAUGCGUUCGGAGAAAAGUGCAUUGUGGUAGGCUUGCUGUCACCAAUCGUGUAUAUAGCAGCGUUCUCAAGCCUUGAAACGAUGGUCCUUUGCGUCGUCAAUGGAUCCUACAUUGCCAAAGUGCGACGAUUUAAUCGCACCGCUUCGCCACCGGAUGCUCUCCAGGACAAUCGUGGUUUUAGCGGGGGCUCCCUCGGGCUGACACAGCGCGGCCUCAGCACGGCCGAGCUGCUGGAGAAGCAAGCUGACCUUAUCAAGUAUCUGAAGGAUCACAACUUGAAGCUAAACCAAAAGAUAAUGCAAAUGAACGCUCAAGUCCGGACGAUUACCUACCCCGGAUAAGCGGAAUAGUCCAACGUUGCCUUCAAUCGAUUUACUUAACUAAAUCGCAGGAAAUAAGGAUAAAGGAAUUUAGUGAACAAACAAGCAGAACAGAAUUUAUAUUAAAGACAUCUUACGGUCAUAAAGGUCUUGGUUAAAGAGACAUGCAACUGAAAAAGCGUGGCCCGCGUUGGCGAUGUUCACAUUAGAAUUGAAACCCAUCGGACUGAUUGACUGCAGCUUCUGUUAGUUCAGGGGAAUGCAGAGAACAUUUCAUUGCGAUUGCUACCAAAUUUUCCUAUAGUGCACCCCGUCAUACGUUAAAGAUAUCGCAUAGUUGAUCACAGAUAUAUUUGCCGUAUCAUUUUGGUUUGUUCUCAUUAUUUAUCAUUCCUUUGGAAAUUCAUUUAACAAGUUCAAAAUUAAUUGCCCAUUUUGUGUACAAAGAAACGUGAGUGUAAAGUGCUAGAUGACGAGUGAAAAAGGUUAAUGUUAUACUAGCAGCAAUCAAUUUUCUAAAUUGUAAAAAUUGGAAAGUUAUCAAACGAUUCCUUUUGGAAAAAGUGAUAAUAAAGAGUCAUGUGGAGAAUGGC